CCUGGGCCCAGGUGGCAAGUGCUUUUUAUUAUUUUCGUUCGAUGAAACUCGAACUUAGUUGUUUUUAUUUUCCGAAAUUGUGAAAUAACCGGCUAUUAUAUUUACAUAUAUAGCCACCACCAUCAAACAUCAAAAUGUCACGCCACAGAAUUGUACGCACCAUGGACUAUAACGAUGAAUACGAUGGCUAUGACGAUGUAUAUGGCCAUUCGGUUGAUGAUGACCAUUGCAUUUCGCCGACAGAUGCCCAACAGUGGCUAUACGAUCGACAGCGUGGCCAGCAGAGCAUAUCGGCCUUCAUCAGCAAGAAUAAGGAUAUCAAAGAGGAGGACACCGAUAACGACGACGACGAUGAAGAUGAGGCCUUUGCCAAAGCACGUCGUGAUUCGGAAAGCUUUCAAAUGCCCGAACUAGAUGAAUUGGAUCAGGCCAAGCUGAGUUCCUGUGUCGAUGAAGUGCGAAGUGUGGUGGGUGACGCUGUCUCAGAACGUUGCAUAGUGGAGACUUCAAUGAGAUUUGAUUUUGAUAUACAAAAGAUACUCGACGAAAUAUUAAACGAGGAAACAAAGAAAACGACAACAACUCCGGCAAAAUCAAAAACGUUAACCAUUCCCGCAUCUACUUCUGCUUCAGCUUCAGCUCCAACUCCAGCUGCGACAGCAACAACAGUAACUCAAUCAAAGUCUGUAAACAAACUCCCACCACCACCACCAGCGCCAGCAGCACCAUCAUCAGGAUCAGCAAUCGCACCACCAACAAAGAUUAGCCUUAAAGAGCCGCGACGUGGCUUUGAUAUUGCGUCACCGAAAACUCCAUCCUCGCCUGUGGUAUCCGGUAGAAAUACUCCUGUUGAUAUCGGUAUCGGCGAUGAAGCCAGCCGUAAUGCAGCUGGCAUCUUUAAGGUAUCCAAAGAUCAGGCCCAACGCAAUGCUCAGCAGCUGUAUGAAAAGGAAAGAUCAGAUCAAAAGAGUCACAUCCAUAUGAUAGUUAUCGGUCAUGUGGAUGCCGGAAAGAGCACCCUGAUGGGUCAUUUGCUCUAUGAUACGGGAAAUGUCUCACAACGGGUAAUGCACAAGCAUGAACAGGAAUCGAAGAAGCUUGGCAAGCAAAGCUUUAUGUAUGCCUGGGUACUGGACGAAACGGGUGAGGAGCGGGCGCGUGGCAUAACCAUGGAUGUCGGGCAAUCCCGGAUAGAAACUAAAUCGAAAAUUGUUACCUUGCUAGACGCACCGGGUCAUAAGGAUUUCAUACCCAACAUGAUAUCGGGCGCCACUCAAGCAGAUGUCGCUCUUCUGGUUGUAGAUGCGACACGUGGAGAGUUUGAAUCGGGUUUCGAGUUGGGCGGACAGACAAGGGAGCAUGCGAUACUUGUACGAUCGCUUGGAGUUAAUCAAUUGGGCGUGGUUAUCAAUAAGCUAGACACGGUUGGCUGGUCCAAAGAGAGAUUCGAUGAGAUUGUCACUAAACUAAAGGCCUUCCUAAAGCAAGCCGGUUUCAAGGAAUCGGAUGUGACUUUCACACCCUGCUCAGGUCUAACCGGAGAGAAUCUCACCAAAUCUGCACAGGAAUCAGCACUGACCGCCUGGUACACUGGUCCCCAUUUGCUCGAUGUUAUUGAAAACUUUAAAAUUCCCGAGCGAGCCAUUGAUCGUCCACUUAGAAUGUCCGUGUCGGACAUUUAUAAGGGCACCGGGUCGGGAUUCUGCAUUUCAGGGCGCAUCGAAACGGGAGUCCUGUGCGUCAACGACAAGGUCUUGGUGGGCGCCAGUCGAGAACAGGCCCAAGUCAAAGGCCUGACCAUGGAUGAUCUCUCACAGACAAGUGUCUUUGCCGGUGAUCAAAUCUCUGUAACUCUUGCGGGUGUCGAUAUUAACAAUAUAACCGUUGGCUGCAUUAUCUCUGAUCCUCAGAUACCCAUCCCAGUGACGACACGUUUUCAGGCCCGCAUCAUAGUUUUCAAUGUAAAAGUGCCCAUUACCAUGGGCUUUCCGGUGCUGUUGCAUCAUCAGUCGCUCAUCGAACCGGCUGUUGUUUGCAAACUGACCGCCUCCAUACACAAGAGCACCGGCGAGGUGGUCAAGAAGAAGCCUCGCUGCCUGGGCAACAACUCGUGCGCCCUUGUUGAAGUGGAAACCUCCCGACCCAUUUGCAUUGAACGCUAUGCCGACUUUAAGGAACUGGGCAGGAUAAUGCUACGAGUGGCUGGAGUCACUAUUGCCGCUGGCAUGGUAACAAAAAUACGCUAACACCGAGAGGAGACGGGAGAGCUGUUAAUGCUGGGCUGAACGAGUGCUGCUUAUAAUUUGUACGAAAUUUUAGUUAUUUAAUUACAUAUGUUGUUAUAUAUUACAUGAAAAGUGCACACAAAACACACAUACAUAUAUAUACAUCUAGUUUAUACGUGAAAAUCCAAUUUAAAAAAUUUAACGAAAAGAAAAAAUGUAAUAAAAAGAAAUGUUUAAAAAAAUCAAGCAAAA